AUGGGUUUCAUCUUUCUAUCGUUGGUUGAAUUAGCUAUUGUUGGCCAAAUGGAACGACAUGUAUUUAGAAGGACAAAAAAAUUGGCUGAAAAACGACAUCCUUACCAGAAAGUUUGCAAAGAUUCAGUAUACGGCUCAAUUGAAAAGACGAUAAAAGCUGUUGAAGCUGCACCGAUAUUUUGUCAUUCAACAUUACGUGCUGAGGAACCACCGUAUCCAAAAAGGAGGAAAACAUGCGUUGUUGAACGACCAACGCUAGACGAGAAUUCACUUCAUACUCCUGGCAGUGUAUACACUUCAUCAACUGAUGCUCACUUAGAUGAUAUCCCCAGAAGCUUUCAGUGGAGUGGGGAAGCAGUAGAUAGAAUAUUUCGUGUAUGUAUUCCGCUUUGUUUUUCCUGCUUUAAUUGUUUCUUCUGGCUUUAUUAUACUUCACGGUCCAAAGCUGAAAUGGAGCGAUUACUGGAAAAUGGAAAUCUAACUGGUUCUUAUACCCCUGAAUAA